GGGUGUUGUUUUUUAAGGCUCCGUGUACGUCGACGAGCCACAUGGUGUUAGAUAACCGGCCUCUCAAGACAAGCCGCCAGUUAACAGCUAGAUAGCUAACAAGCUAACCCAACGGACGGCAGUUGAAAGCAGCCGUUGGUUCGACUGUUUUUUAACCGUUUUUUAACUGUCGUCUUUCCAACAGAGAGUGUCUAUAUAACGUUUUGGAAUAGUGUCUUGUUUCAACGGUCAGGAAUGUCAGCUGGCGACGACAACGGAGGUCGACUCACCCAGUUCAAAAACAAAGGGAAAGAUGCCAAUGAGCUAAGGCGCAGGAGAGCGGAAGUCAACAUGGAGCUACGUAAAGCUAAGAAGGAUGAUCAGAUCCUGAAGAGGAGAAACGUUGAGAGCCUUCUGGAUGAGCCAACGUCUCCUUUCCAAGACACAGAUCCCAACGCACAGCCUCCUCGGCACUGGUCUGUGGAGGAGAUCGUAGGAGGUGUAAACAGCGAGAAUGUAGAUCAUAAGCUGCAGGCCACGCAGGCAGCCAGGAGGCUCCUCUCCAGAGAAAAACAUCCACCUAUCGACAGCAUCAUUGCUGCUAGCCUCAUUCCACGGUUUGUUAGUUUUCUGGCAUUGUCUGAAUGCCCCCCCAUCCAAUUUGAGGCAGCUUGGGCCCUGACCAACAUCGCCUCAGGUACCUCAGACCAGACCUCCGCCGUAGUGGAAGGAGGGGCCAUCCCAGCCUUCAUCACCCUGGUGACAUCACCCCACCCGCACAUCAGCGAGCAGGCCAUCUGGGCCCUGGGUAACAUCGCAGGUGAUGGACCCAACUACAGAGACCUGGUGAUCAAACAUGGCGGUCUCCAUCCACUCCUAGCAUUGCUGGCAGCCCCUGACCUGUCUGUGUUUCCUUCUGGCUACCUGCGCAAUGUCACCUGGACGCUGUCCAACCUGUGUCGGAACAAGAACCCGGCCCCUCCUCUGUCGGCGGUGCAGCAGCUGCUUCCAGGCCUGGUGCGCCUUCUGCACCACGACGACAGGGAGAUCCUGGCCGACACCUGUUGGGCCGUGUCCUACCUGACCGACGGCGCCAACGAGAGGAUAGAGGUGGUGGUGCAGGCUGGCCUGGUGCCCCGACUGGUACAGCUGCUGGCCUGUGGGGAGCUCUCCAUUGUGACUCCAGCCCUGCGGUCACUUGGCAACAUUGUGACUGGGACAGACGAGCAGACGCAGUGUGUGCUGAAUUCAGGUGCCCUGGCUAUGUUCCCCAACCUGCUGCGCCACCACAAGCCCAAUAUCCAGAAAGAGGCUGCCUGGACGCUGUCCAAUAUCACUGCUGGCAAGGAGACCCAGAUCCAGGAGGUUGUGAAUGCAGGCCUGAUGCCCCUGCUGGUGGAGAUCCUCCAACAGGGAGACUACAAGAGUCAGAAGGAGGCAGUGUGGGCUGUCACCAACUAUACCAGUGGUGGAACUGUUGAGCAAGUGGCCUUCCUGGUCCAAUGCAAUGUGCUGGAGCCUCUACUCAACCUGCUGACAGCAAAAGACAGCAAAAUCAUCUUGGUCAUCCUGGAUGCAAUCUGCAAUAUUUUACAGAUGGCAUACAAAGCUGGUGAGAUUGAGAAAUUGUGCUUAACGAUUGAGGAGUUGGGUGGUUUGGACAAGAUUGAGGCACUGCAGUCCCAUGACAACGAAGCCGUCUACAAGUCCUCUGUCAACAUCAUAGACCGAUUCUUCUCUGAUGAGAAUGAAGAAGAUGAGUCUGUGGUUCCUGAAGCUGCUGGAGACUGUUAUAACUUCCAGAUCCCUGGAGACCAAAGCACUUUUCAGUUUUAACAUAUCCAGCUUUUUCUUUGUAACAUAAAAAAAGAAAAGUCGUACCUUGUUAAUAUUUUUGUAUUUGUUUUGCAGACAUUUCAUCCUUGUACGUGACAGUACAAAGACAAAAAAUUUCCCUGUUUUAAAGAAAUAUUUGUAAAUAAAUGUGACUCGCGCACAAGUUUUUUUUUUU